AUGCUGGGAUCCCUGGUGUUGUGGAGAACAGCGCUGGCGCCGCGGCUCCUCCUUCAGCUGCUCAGGUCCCCAUCGCUCCGGAGCCAUGGAGGUCCCUCCCGCCGGAGUGUGACCAUCGGGGGCUGCGGGGAGCCACAGUGGCUGAGGACCACCAUCGGAGGGCGCCCUGGAACAUCGCUGGCCUUGCUCACCCGAGGAGGGGCAGCCACCAGGGGGCGCCAGGGAGGACGCACCGGGACCCAGUGCCUUGCAGCCGCCACAUGGGGACACCUUCCUAGCCUGGAAGAAACACGCCCAGGACACGACAGCUGUAACGGGGUCCCCAGCAGGGCCGGACUGGGCAUAUGGGCCUUGGCCACGGCUCUGGUGGUUCACUGUUACAGCAAGAGCUCGUCCAACAAGGAUGCAGCCCUGAUGGAAGCUGCUCGCGCCAACAAUGUCCAGGAAGUCAGCAGGCUAUUGUCCGAAGGUGCAGAUGUCAACGCAAGGCACAGACUUGGCUGGACAGCACUCAUGGUGGCUGCCAUCAGCCGAAAUGACAGUGUGGUGCAGGUUCUGCUUGCUGCUGGUGCUGACCCAAACCUUGGGGACGAUUUCAGCAGUGUUUACAAAACCGCCAAGGAGCAGGGAAUCCAUUCUUUGGAAGUCCUGGUCACCCGAGAGGAUGAUUUCAACAACCGGCUGAACAACCGCGCCAGCUUCAAGGGCUGCACAGCCCUGCACUACGCUGUCCUCGCCGACGACUACCGCACCAUCAAGGUGCUGCUCGAUGGAGGAGCCAAUCCCCUACAGAGGAAUGAAAUGGGACACACACCCUUGGAUUACGCCAGAGAAGGGGAAGUGAUGAAGCUUCUGAGGACUUCUGAGGCCAAGUACCAGGAGAAGCAGCGGAAGCGUGAGGCUGAGGAGCGGCGCCGCUUUCCGCUGGAGCAGCGCCUGAAGGAGCACAUCAUUGGCCAGGAGGGUGCCAUUGCCACCGUGGGUGCAGCGAUCCGGAGGAAGGAGAAUGGCUGGUACGAUGAAGAACACCCUCUGGUCUUCCUCUUCUUGGGAUCAUCUGGAAUAGGAAAAACCGAGCUGGCCAAGCAGACAGCCAAGUAUAUGCACAAAGAUGCCAAAAAGGGCUUCAUCAGGCUGGACAUGUCUGAGUUCCAGGAGCGGCAUGAGGUGGCCAAGUUUAUCGGGUCCCCACCAGGCUACAUCGGCCAUGAGGAGGGUGGCCAGCUGACCAAGAAGCUGAAGCAAUGCCCCAAUGCCGUCGUGCUCUUUGAUGAAGUAGACAAGGCCCAUCCAGAUGUGCUUACCAUCAUGCUGCAGCUGUUUGAUGAGGGCCGGCUGACAGAUGGAAAAGGGAAGACCAUCGAUUGCAAGGAUGCCAUCUUCAUCAUGACCUCCAACGUGGCCAGCGACGAGAUCGCACAGCACGCACUGCAACUGAGGCAGGAAGCUUUGGAGAUGAACCACAGCCGCAUUGCCGAGAACCUCGGGGAUGUCCAGAUGAAUGACAAGAUCACCAUCUCAAAGAACUUCAAGGAGAAUGUGAUCCGCCCCAUCCUGAAAGCUCACUUCCGGAGGGAUGAGUUUCUGGGACGAAUCAAUGAAAUCGUCUAUUUCCUUCCCUUCUGCCACUCGGAGCUCAUCCAGCUAGUCAACAAGGAGCUGAACUUCUGGGCCAAGCGAGCCAAGCAAAGGCACAACAUCACGCUGCUCUGGGACCGCGAGGUGGCAGACGUGUUGGUCGACGGCUACAAUGUGCACUAUGGGGCCCGCUCCAUCAAGCAUGAGGUAGAGCGCCGUGUGGUGAACCAGCUGGCGGCUGCCUAUGAGCAGGACCUACUGCCAGGGGGCUGUACCCUGCGCAUCACUGUGGAGGAUUCGGACAAGCAGCUACUCAAGAGCCCUGAGCUGCCCUCACCCCAGGCUGAGAAGCGUCCACCCACACUGCGGCUGGAGAUCAUUGAUAAGGACAGCAAAACCCACAAACUGGACAUCCGGGCCCCACUCCACCCUGAGAAGGUGUGCCACACCCUCUAGCUACCUGCAUAUGCGUGCCCUCAGCCUCCAAUAAAGGCCCCUCGGCUGUGGCAUGGCAACUGACCGACCUUCCCCUCAUACCUCUCGCUCCUCU